AUGCCUGCCGCCAUUGUCACCACCCCCACCGUCGUGCGUGACCUGCACGACGACGAGAAGCUCGUCCUCGACGAGUUUGAGCGUCAUGUUAGACACUGCACCCAAUGUGAACUAGCUCUUGAGAACGACGAUAACACCCAGUGUGAGCGUGGACAUUUGCUUGCAGUCGACGUGACCCAAUACCUGUACAGUGAGAGCGGACGAUACUUUGCUCAGGUCGACAAAGAGGCCGGCAAACCAACCCGAGUCAAGCUACCUCGCGACUCGAGCUCAACCCGCUACCUGCUCGAGUCUGUUGAGCACGGCAUGCGUCUUUCGUCGCCGCGCCGGGGCCGCGCGCCUCCCGUGCGCCCUCCCAGCUCUCGUUCCAACACCAGCUCUCGCUCUGCCAACAGCCCCCGUCCAAUUGUCCAGCAAGUUCGUCCUCGCUCUCGCACCCCGGAGACUCGUGCUUCUCCCACCACUAUCAUUGAGCGCUCACCCUCCACUGGCAAGCGUCCGGUGAUUGUCUACCAGUCUCCUCGCGUCUCUCCAAGCCGAUCCUCUUCCAACCGUGGUUCGCUCUACAUCAACGACAACAUGGACCGCGAGGAGCGCCGAACCCGUGUCUACCUCAACACCCACCGUUGA